GAAUGCUGACUAUCACAGACUUCAUCAACAUCCUGACCAGAUACUACAAAUCCCCCAUGGUUCAGAUCUACGAGCUGGAGGAACACAAGAUCGAGACAUGGAGAGAGCUGUACCUGCAGGAGACCUUCAAACCUCUGGUCCACAUCUCACCUGAAACCAGUAUCUUGGAGGCGGUGUCCUCUCUGAUCCAGAAUCAGAUCCACCGUCUGCCGGUCAUCGACCCGAUCAGCGGGAACGCCCUUUACAUCCUGACUCACAAGAGGAUCCUCAAGUUCCUGCAGCUGUUUGUGUGUGAGAUGCCGAUGCCGGCCUUCAUGCGCUGCUCUCUGGAGGAUCUGAGCGUUGGAACGUACUCCAACAUCGCCUUCGUGCACCCCGACACGCCGCUCAUCACGGCGCUCUGCGUCUUCACCCGCCGCCGCGUCUCCGCCCUGCCCGUCGUCGACCACAACGGGAGAGUGGUCGACAUCUACUCCAAGUUUGACGUCAUUAACCUGGCGGCAGAGAAGACGUACAACAACCUGGACGUCACGGUGACUCAGGCGCUUCGUCAUCGAUCGCAAUACUUUGAAGGCGUCAUGAAAUGUAACAAAAGAGAAACGCUGGAGACCAUCGUGGACCGUAUCGUGAAGGCAGAGGUCCACAGGUUGGUGGUGGUCGAUGAAGAGUCUCGUAUCGUCGGCAUCGUCUCUCUGUCAGACAUCCUGCAGGCGCUGGUGCUCACCCCCACAGGGUCAGGGAGGAAGGAGUCUCUCCCCCCUCAACCUGACACCUGCCAGCAGGGGGAGACAGAGGACGAAGGAAAGGGGGAGACAGAAGAGGAAGGAAAGGGGGAGACAGAGGAGGAAGGAAAGGGGGAGACAGAAGAGGAAGGGGAGACAGAGGAGGAAGGAAAGGGGGAGACAGAGGAGGAAGGAAAGAGGGAGACAGAAGAGGAAGUAAAGGGGGAGACAGAGGAGGAAGGAAAGAGGGAGACAGAAGAGGAAGUAAAGGGGGAGACAGAGGAGGAAGGAAAGGGGGAGACAGAAGAGGAAGUAAAGGGGGAGACAGAAGAGGAAGGAAAGGGGGAGACAGAGGAGGAAGGAAAGAGGGAGACAGAAGAUGAAGUAAAGGGGGAGACAGAGGAGGAAGGAAAGGGGGAGACAGAAGAGGAAGUAAAGGGGGAGACAGAAGAGGAAGGAAAGGGGGAGACAGAGGAGGAAGGAAAGGGGGAGACAGAGGAGGAAGGAAAGGGGGAGACAGAAGAGGAAGUAAAGGGGGAGACAGAGGAGGAAGGAAAGGGGGAGACAGAAGAGGAAGUAAAGGGGGAGACAGAAGAGGAAGGAAAGGGGGAGACAGAGGAGGAAGGAAAGGGGAGACAGAAGAGGAAGGAAAGGGGGAGACAGAGGAGGAAGUAA